AUGUAUCAGCUGGCAUCGGCCCGAUACAGAUCUCUGUGUUCUUUAAGCAAUGACCCAAGUGAUGAGAACACAAACCAAGGAGGGACAAAGCUCCUGGCCAACUAUUUUAUAGGCCAAGAUGAAAACUGUAAAGGCAUCGAGAAGCUGAAGGAAUUCCGUAGCGAAAAACCGAACAAGAUUCGGUGGGGACACGGACAAGACAACAGAACAAUCUCAAACAAAGCCUCCUCAAGCUCCCGGGAUGAGGCUCUAGGGGACAGACGUGCCCGGAUCCUGUCGCGCGGGCUGCCGAAGCAGAAGCCCAUAGAAGGAGUUAAGCAGGUGGUGGUCGUGGCUUCUGGAAAAGGGGGUGUUGGAAAAUCGACAACAGCAGUGAAUACAGCCCUCGCCCUGGCAGCAAAUGAUUCGACAAAAGAAGUUGGUUUACUUGAUGCAGACAUAUAUGGACCUUCAAUUCCAAAGAUGAUGAACUUAAAAGGAAACCCAGAACUAACACCAAAAAAUCUAAUGAGGCCUCUUAAGAACUAUGGAAUCUCAUGCAUGUCUAUGGGUUUCUUGAUAGAAGAGACUGCACCAGUUGUGUGGAGAGGGCUCAUGGUAAUGUCAGCUGUUGAGAAGCUGUUGAGACAGGUUGACUGGGGUCAACUGGACUAUUUAGUAAUUGACAUGCCACCUGGGACUGGAGAUGUACAGCUUUCAGUCUCACAGAAUAUUCCAAUUGCAGGAGCUGUGAUCGUCUCCACUCCACAAGAUGUGGCUUUAUUGGAUGCAUGCAAAGGAGCUGAAAUGUUUAGGAAAGUCCAUGUACCUGUUUUAGGACUGGUUCAAAAUAUGAGUGUUUUCCAGUGUCCCAAGUGUAAGCAUAAGACACACAUUUUUGGAGCUGAUGGUGUAAGAGAUCUAGCAAAAACCCUUGGACUGGAUAUUUUAGGUGACAUUCCACUGCAUGUUAAUAUACGGGAGACGUGUGAUUCAGGACAGCCUGUUGUGAUCUCGCAGCCUCAGAGUGAUGCUGCUAAAGCCUAUCUAAAGAUAGCUAUGGAAAUAGUAAGACGACUGCCAGUACCUCCUGUUUGA